AUGGGCGUAGCAGCAUCUGCAAAUGGGGCAAUUGUCGAAGGAAGAGGCCACGUGAUCAAGGAUGUUGCAUCUUUGCCCCUUGUUGUAUCAGAUGCCAUUUCAGGCCUAACCAAAACAAGGGACGCCGUAGAAAUGUUGAAGAACCUGAAACUGGGGGCUGAGCUACAGAAAGUCAAGGACUCAAAGACGAUCACGUGUGGCAAGGGGAAGUUCAGGGGCAGAAGGUACACGAGGAAGACCGGGCUGCUUCUCGUUCACGACCAGAAGAGUCUUCCUGCUUUUGCAAAUAUAGAGGGCGUGGAAUUGGCAAAUGUGGAGCACCUGAAUCUGCUGAGACUGUGUCCUGGUGGGAAACUAGGCCGUCUUAUUCUCUGGACUGAGGGCGCAUUCAAGAGACUCGAGUCGCUCUUCAGCAACGAAUCCAAGCGUGGCUUCGAGAUACCUGAGAAAAUGGUUUCAUGCUCAGAUCUCGAUGAGUAUUUCUAUUCGCCUGAGAUUCAGAGCCUGAUUACUACGCCUGAUUUGCUGCCAAAGGGAACGUGCAAGAAGUCAGCUGCUGAGAAGAAGAGCGUCGAACGUGCCAUUGCAAUGUGGUAG